CCGCCGGUCAGGUUAGCCCAGCCCAAAGUCAAAGUCGGCGGGUCGCGUCGCGGCGGCGACGGGAGCAACUCUGCACGCUCUGCAGCAGCACAGUCGCGCCGUGCGAUGCCGUGCCGCUCUGCUUGGACCUCUUCGUCACUCACAUCAUCCAUCCAACCUCGCCGCCCACCGCAAUCGACGUCCUCCAGCAUAUACUCUACAGCUCCCUGGCGCGCUUUGCCGCGCUUCAUCCGCGCUUCAUCCAACUAGAGUAGCAUUCACGCAAACUCACUAAUCAUCUAGCGUACAUCCAUCGGCGUUCCAACGCAAGCAGCUCUUCUCUCUUCACUCAACUUCAUCUGUCGUGGGAGCAGGCCUCCUUCCUCCAUGACCGACAAGGGCAGCGCUGGACGUAGUGGUGGUGUCUGGACAUCUUCCCGCGUGGCACAGAGGAAGGCAGAGGAGCCUGCUGCGAGCAGGCUUGCCUCCUCGUCCGCUUCAAGAUGGGCGACCAAGGCUGGUGGGGACAGUAGUAGUGCUGCGGGCCCUUCGAAGCCGGCAAGCAGCUCGACGGCCAGUCGAUGGGCUACUCCGGGGCCAUCGAGCAAGUCAGCAUCCGAUGCCCAGCCACCGCUCUCGCCAUCCCCAGCCGCCGCACACGCAGCCACCCCGCCCGCAGCGAUGCGCCGUAGAGACGACUCACAACGUCUGGGCGUGGCCAUCGACCCCAUGUCCCUCAUCGCUUCCCCUAGCCGCGGCAUUCAAGGCGCAGAAUCGACGACGCUAGGCUCAUCAGGCGAACAGGACCUCACCAAUGCAGCAACGCAGGCUCGCUACCGCGAGUAUGUCUCCAAGCGCAUCGCGGCGCAUUGCGAGCGGUAUCCGCAGCCCUUGGAGUUCUAUGUCCCUCCGACUGGGAUCGACGCAAUGGACGACGAGCAAGCCAUGCUACGUCGUCAGGCUAUCACAAGUCUAGAUGAGAUCCUUCUCCUCGUCCGCAAGCUGAGGGAGGGCGUCGUGGCUAGCAGAAGAGGGGACGCAGCUGCCGUGGAGGUGUACCAUCUCGCCCUCUUCCUCGCAGUCGUCACACUCAACAAGGGCCAGAUCUCGGCGGCGAUUCAUCGAGCAGUCUUCGACUUGUAUCCGAGCAUAUCGGUCGCUUCCUCCUCAUCUCCCGCCUGGCCAUCCGUCGCCGCAGACUUCGCCUCGCUUCGCGACUCUCAGACCCGUCACGCUGCGCGCAAUGACACGCACCUCUUCGUGGACUCGAAGGAGACUCGCGAGCAUACAGCCUCACUGCUCUUGCUCUCGCACACUUGUUUCGACUCCAAAUCGUCACGCGGCUCGCUCGAGGAUGACUUCAUGCAGCUGCAAGCACGGGUAGUGGAUGCGUUGAGCCUGGACGUAGAGCGGGAUGGCGGGCUGACGGACCACCUCCUCUUGGCAUCAGAGGUGGAUCGCCUCAUCCGACAGGGCAAUGUUGUACAGCUCCGCCGCCUGCUCAUUGGCCAGCAUCGCACUCUGCCGACUUCGGUUGCACCAGGUCGCCGUCUAGCUGCUCCGACGGUGUACCAAGCCAUGCUCCUCUCUCAGGCUUUGCCGCGCUGCAGAGCAAUGGCAUGGGCGCAGCUGCGAAAGGUGUAUAUGUCAGUGCCGCUACCGAAAGCGAGCCAGGAGGAGGAUGCGCGGACGCUGGCUGCUCGUAUGGGUGGGCUGGCUCUUGGCGACGCAGCAUGCUCGAGACGCCACGCCGGACGAGUGGGAUGAGAGCGGCGCAGACGUCGGAGAAGCUCAGUGGCUGAGAG